AUGAAACUCCAAUCCUCCUGGCUCCUCGCCAGCAUAACCAUGACUGGUAUCCCCACAGUCACAGCCAGACCAUGGACCCAAAGACCAAGAGCAGAAAACUCAACCACGAAUCCCACCUACUUCUUCACUUUCGGAGACUCCUACUCCCAAACCGGCUUCAGCGCCUCGGGCACCCAACCAUCCGCCUCCAAUCCCAUGGGCAAUCCAGACCUAGGAAUCGGCACCACAACCAACGGCCCCAACUGGAUCGGCUACCUAACCACAACUGAAAACGCCUCCUUAGUGCUUUCCUACAACCUCGCCGCGGGCGGUGCCACAAUCGACAAUGCUCUGGUUCCUGCAUACCCGGGUGACCUUGCAUCUCAGUUCCGGCUAUUCGAGGAUGUAUAUGCUGCUAAGCCGGCCUCGGCGCCGUGGAGUGCAGAGGAUGCGGUGUUCGGGGUGUGGAUUGGGAUUAAUGAUAUAGGAAACGCGUAUUACUCUACGGAUGCGGAGACGUACACACCCAAGUUAAUCUCCAGAUUGGAGAGUCUAGUGGAAGAGGUAUACAAGAACGGAGGCAGGAAAUUCCUGUUCCUGAAUGUGCCGCCGACGAGUCGCAGUCCGUUGUUUCUGGAGCAGGGAGAGGAGGUGGUGAAGCAGCAUGCAGAAUAUUUGAGUGUUUAUAAUGAGAAUUUGGAGGGAAUGGUGGAUGAUUUUACUAAGAAGAAGGGAGAUGUAACGACUGUCUUGUAUGACUCGUGGUCAUUCAUGACGAAGAUCCUGGAUGAUCCGACGGCGUAUGGAUUCCCCGAUGCGACGUGUAUCAAUGAUGAUGGGACGUCGUGUAUCUGGUGGAAUAAUUAUCAUCCCGGGAUGAAGUAUCAUCUUUUGCAGGCGGAGGAUAUGAAGCCGAAGUUGAGGAAGUUGGGAGGAUGGUAG